AUGAAAGUGUUUGUGACAGGAGCAUCAGGUUUUGUUGCUGGAGCAGUUAUUCCAGAGUUGUUAAAAUCGGGGCAUCAAGUAGUAGCGUUGGCCCGCUCAGAUGAGGCAGAACAGAAGAUUAAGAAACUGAGCUCUGACAUAGAGAUCGUCAUAGGUGGCCUCCAGGACCUGGAAGUUCUCAAAGAGACUGCAGCCAGAUCCGACGGUGUGAUCCAUUUGGGCUUUAUCCAUGAUUUCAGCAAGUUUGAAGAAAGCUGUUUGAUCGAUCGGGAGGCUACAGUCACUAUGCUGGACGCAAUUAAGGGCACCAAUAAGCCCUACGUCCAGACUUCGGGAACACUGAUGUUGCCCCCAGGAACUGUGGCGACUGAGACUAGUGAAAAACUGACUAGCGGGAUGGGCGCUCUACGUGCACAGACUGAGGAUAUUGUGUUGAGCUACAAGGACAAGGGCGUCCGUGCUCUUGCCGUUAGAUUGCCUCCCACCGUCCAUGGGAAAAGCGACAAGGGCUUCAUGGCUACGUUCAUCAACGUGGCCAAGAACAGUGGUAAAUCCGCUUUCAUCGGCGACGGUGCCAACGUGUGGCCUGCAGUCUCCAGGUGGGACGCUGGCCGUGUAUACAAAUUGGCAUUGGAAAAAGGACGCACCGGAAAAGCUUACCACGCAGUGGGCGAACAAGGUGUGGAAACCAAAGAUAUCGCUGGAGCCAUUGGCCAGCUUUUGGUAGUCCCUACGGAGCCAAUUGAAGCCGCAAAGGCGCCUGAGCAUUUUGGUUUCCUGGCUACUUUAUUCGGUCUCCAUGCACCAGUCUCCAGCAAACUUACUCGUGAGGAACUUGGCUGGGAGCCAAAGGAACUCGAUCUGGUAGACGACAUUGUUAAAAACUAUGAGACAAUUUGA